GACGUAAUGAGGCCGGAAAUAGCCAGAAGACGCUAUCAUGCUUGCUCUUUGGCUGCCAUUUUUACGCGCGACAAUGGAGUUAAGUAAGCCUGAGCCACUAAAGCAGGAUUCGUAAGUGGGCAAAUGACAUCCACGCUUGCGGACGGACGGUAACACCUGAACAUUAUGGACCUAAGCGAGAGGAUAUUGAAGAGUUGAGCCAUUUACCAUCAGUUAAAUAGUGCACAUUGCCAUCACAAAGAAAACAGGCUUUUAGGAGGAUGAAGUUAGCCGCAGGGUGCGCAAUCGUUCUAGUGGUAUUAGCGCUGGCGCUGCCUACAAGAGUAGCUGCAGCGAAACGUCGGCCACCGCCUCCGGACGUCCCAUUUCCCCCAUCAUUUCCGCCACCUCCGCCUCCUAUACAAUACGACGACCUCUGGGCGCUUGCAGCACGUGGCCCUUCGGACCCUACUGGAAAUAGCACAGUGCCUGGAGCUUGCAGACGCCUGCUCGGAGCACCGCGACCUGAGGCGCUUUCACGGAAGAAAUGCAAGCCAGAACGGCAGUUCUCUUGGGUGCCAACUAUUAAGGAACCGCGCUACGUGGAUGUCCGAUUUGAAGUAAAGGCAACCAUUACUGUUGGACGUGUUGGCGGCAUGAAGGUCCUGCUGCUCAACAAGGGCUCCCUGCAGCCCGUCAUCAGCUCCAUAGAGCUCAUGGUCACGCCCAAGAACACCACCGGCUACAUGCCGCUGCUGCUGUACAAGGGCGGCGCCGACCAGGACCUGCACUGCCCCGCCACCAUCACCUUCCCGCUGGAGCUGCCGCCCGCCUCCGCCUCGCUGGGAGAUGCCACGGUGCUGGGAGCGCGGGUGAACGUGUCCAACGGAGCGGUGGAUGACAAGACCUUCCUGCCCAGCAUCAGCGCGGUGGGCCUCAUGGUGGCGCGGCUGACGUGAGGGAGGGAGGAGCAGCUGGGGAGGGUGCUGCUGAUGCCUCACACUCGUCAGCGGCUGACAUGAGGGAGGAGCAGCUGAAGGCGGAAUCGCAGAUGGCGCUCCAAACAGAAGGUCAGCACGUCGCAAUGUACAUAUUAACGCAUGCACGUGCGUUGCAGGGGAAGCGGGGCACGCUGAAGAAGGGAUUUAUGUUGCGUUGCGUGUGCAAAUGGGGAGCGCGCGGGGAUUCAAAGGGAAGGAUGAAGUCAGGGAAGGGGAUUCUUUGUAGUGACGAAGCAAGGAGGUGCGCUUCCACUGAGCACGCCGGGCAGCUGAGAGACGCUGCGUAGCAGAGAUGGGCUUGAAAAGUGAAGAAGACGUGAGGGGCGCAAACACGCGCCGCGUGGAGCAGUUACUGCUGCUGAUGGUGCUGGUGCUGAUGCGUUUGGGUCCUAGGCCUGUGCCCAAAUUACACAACACUGGUCGUGCGCAUGCGUCCCUUCCGUGAAUAGGCACGUCCCCGUGCGGGUGUUGUCGUCAACAGUGGGGGUGGCAGGUUGUUUGGCGGCUGAGAUGCCGGAUGUAUGGGGCCUGCGAAGUCAUCGCGGCGGGCGCUGCAACAGGAGCCGAAGAUGUCCAAAUGAACAGCCGGGGGAGCGGUGGGGCUGACGGGAGAGGUUGUCAAGCCGACGAGAUGGUGAGGUGGUCGCCUCAUGUGGAAGCUGCGGCCGGCAUGGAGAGGAGCCGGUGAUGCGGCUCUAGAGAGGAAUGAGAGGAGGGCCUGCACCGCACCCCUGCCCGUGUGUGGGCAUGUGGGGUGACCCAUGGGUCUUUGGUCGGGGAUCCGUGCCGGCGCUGUGCGCGCAGGCUGUGAGCUUUCAGCUGGGUGUUCGUUCGCGGAGGCAGCGCUGUACCGACCUCGGCAGUGUACGGUACCCCAGCUGGAGAGUCUUUCUCUCACUCGUUCUUCCCUUUUCUCUUCUGUUCCAGUAGUUGGCACGGCUGGCGUAGUACACACUUGGACACCGCUGGAUUCAUGAGUCACACUCCUCUUGGCUAUGAGGCACACGCUAGAGCCGUGGCUAUGCCCGUCGUGACAUUUACGACAGCUGGUGGCGCGUUUUGAUGGGGUUGUCAUUCGCGGCAUUGUUGCGCGCGCGCGUCCGAAGCCUGUACUGUGGUUGUCGUGGUUGUGCAGGGUUGGCGGGGUUAUGGGCGGUGAUCAUCUCGCUGCAUGCACGGGUCGUUGCAGGUUGUUGAAGCAGGUUCUUGGGGCGUUCGGUUGACCACGCGUUCCGAUGCGCAUGCAGUGAUGAGCUUGGGGCUGUUACUGUUACGCAUUGUGUUGCACCAGGCUGAGGCGCUGCGCACUGGGCGUCAGCUCGCAACUUUGCAUAUGUGGGUGAGCAACCACGGGGUGGGGAUGUCUGAAGCCCGGCAACCAAGCUGUUGCUCAUGAGUUGUGUUGGUGGAGGGGUUCUUGCGGGUUGCAGGUCGCGAUCUCCUGGAUUGCGGGUGUGGGGUGCUUCACGUGAAUGUGUACGGCGAAAGGCUGUGGGUUGUACGACGAUUGGACACCCAUGCGAGAGUCCGGCGUGUGCAGGCUGCCUGAGGAUUGCCAACGCGACGGAGUCUGCUUGUGGGUGAGGGUGUGGGGCGGGGCUUCUUUCUCUUAGUAUACUUGUUUUGCUCAAAUUGCUGUAGAUCACACCAGUGUGCGAAAUUUGGAGCGCUCUGCACCCAGGGGCGCAUACCUUCCCAAACUGCCAUGUGCGUGAUACGAGUGUGUGCGACAUGCACACACGAUGCGGUAGGGACAAGUAGACGGAUGGACAAGUUUCGUGUCCGGAUGAGACGCAUGUUGUUGGCGUUCCGCUGUACCCUCGUACAGGGUGUUCGGAAGCCUGACUUCCCCACCCAGCGGUGUGGGAGACUUGCUUUCGGGCGGUGGUAGCUCACCCGGAACGGCCGUGCAGCGCUCAACUCCUUGUCCUGCUUGGACUACCAAGGCGCACUUUGCUUCCAUUUUAUGUAUCCAAGUAUCCAUGGCUAACCCGUAGUGUGUUGAAAAUUGGCCGCGAGUAGGAACAUAAUGUGUAUGUGUGUUUUAUACGCACUUUUAGCAGCAGAUGUCCGGUGCACGUUGCGGGCCACAUUUGGCACGGUGUUUGUAACAACAAGUACAUGGAA